AUGCGGGUUAAAACAUCCCUAGCAAAAGAAGCUAAACAUUCCGAAUUGGUGAGCUGUGUAGCCUGGACCACAUCUGAGCAGUUGUUCUCCUGCGGCGAUGACCACCAGGUUCUCAAGUGGAACCUUGUGUCAGAUGAAACCUCAGUACUGGUGAAGUUACCUGAUGAAAUAUAUGCUACAGAUGUCCAUUUUUUUCCAAAGAGCAUCGGCGGUAAAGGAAAGCAGACAGGAAGUGAAAUAUUUGUACUAACGUCAACGGAUGGAAAAUUUUUGUUGAUUUCUAAAUCUGGUCGAGUAGAGAAGUCUGUUGAAGCUCACAGAGGUGCAGUGCUUUCUGGUAGAUGGAGCUACGAUGGUUCUGCCAUGGCAACAGCAGGUGAAGACGGACAGGUGAAGAUCUGGUCAAGGAGUGGCAUGCUGAGGUCAACAUUGGCUCAAACAGGUUCUCCAGUGUACUCAAUAUCCUGGUCACCUGACUCUGAUCAGGUGUUAAUGACCAAUAGCAAACAACUAAUUAUCAAGUCACUUCAAGCAAAUGUUAAACCAGUCCAGUGGAAAGCACAUGAAGGAGUGAUAUUAAAAGUUGAUUGGAACCCUUCCAACAACCUGAUCUUGUCAGGUGGUGAGGACUGUAAGUACAAAAUAUGGGACAGCUACGGCCGGCAGAUGUUCUCCAGCCAUCCCCAUGACUAUCCUAUCAUAUCAGUCUCCUGGGCCCCUGAUGGAGAACUCUUUGCUGUGGGUUCAUUUAACACUUUACGAUUGUGUGACAAAACUGGGUGGUCUCAUGCGCUGGAGAAACCUAACACUGGAAGUAUAUACAGCAUUGCUUGGAGUGCGGAUGGCACUCAGGUUGCGGGCGCGUGUGGCAAUGGUCAUGUGAUAUUUGGUCACAUGAUAGAAAGGAGGCUAGAAUGGAAAAACUUUGAAGUUGUCAACUCAUCAAGAAAUACAAUUGUUGUGCGAGAAGUGAUUAACGAGGCUACUGAGAAGUUGGAAUUCCGAGACAGCAUCAUCAAAAUGUCCUUAUCGUUUGGCCAUCUUAUUGUAGCAACAUCCUCACAGUGCUUUAUCUACAGCACUAGGAAUUGGAACACUCCCACCAUAUUUGAUCUGAAGGAGGGAACCGUUACCUUAAUUGUCCAGGCUGAGAAGCACUUUGCAUUAGUGGUGUCAACAGGUGUAAAUGUCUAUUCUUAUGAGGGUCGUUUGCUUUCCUCACCCAAGUUCCAAGGUAUGCGACUGGAUACACUGAACAUGAUGUCCUUAUCCAUCUCCAACGACACUGUUGCCAUACGUGACAAGUCCAAUGAGAAGCUUGUUCAUGUGUUUGAUGCAACCAACGGCAAAGCUUUAGACAGCAAGCCAAUUCAACACAACCUUGAGAUAUUAGAAAUUGCCCUGGACAAGUGUGGACCACCAGCGGACCGACAUUUAGCCAUUGUGGACAAGAACAGAGACCUACAUCUGAGUGCAGUGAGGACAUUUGGUAAAGGACCUCGCAUUGUUAAGCUGGCCAAUAUGAUUACCAGUCUAGCAUGGAAUGAUAGCACCAACAUGUUGGCCGCUCUACAGGACAGCAAGCUGUUUGUAAUCUAUUACCCAAAUGCCGUGUAUGUAGACAAAGACAUCUUACCAAAGACUAUCUACGUCAAGGAUACAAGUGAUUUCGGCAAGAAUCCCAGGAUUGUAAGCUUUACCGGUAACCAUGUGACCAUACGGCGUGCAGACGGAGCGUUGGUGAGUACCGGUAUUGUGCCGUAUCCUGCUAUGCUGCAUGAACUUGUGGGCAGUGGACGUUGGGAAGAUGGUGUUCGUCUUUGUCGCUUUGUCAAGGAUCCAGUGUUGUGGGCCUGCAUGGCAACGAUGGCAGCAUAUGCUAAGGAAUUGAACACUGCAGAGGUUGCGUAUGCUGCAAUUGAUGAGGCCGAUAAAGUUCAGUACAUUCUACACAUCAAAGACAUCCCAUCAAAGGAGGCACGUAAUGCAGAAAUGGCGCUGUUCUGCGGCAAUGCUCAAGAUGCUGAGGGAAUCUUACUGCAGGCCAAUUUGUUGUUCAGGGCAAUUAUCAUGAAUAUUAACCUGUACAAUUGGGAUAGGGCCUUAGAGUUAGCAGUGAAGCAUAAGACACAUGUUGACACAGUCCUUGCACACAGGCAGCGUUUCCUGGAAAUGUUUGACAAAAAAGAAACCAGCAAAAGAUUCAUCAACUUUUCGCAGGAGGUUGAAGUGAACUGGGAAAAUGUUCAGGCCAAAAUGGAAGCUGAAUAUCAACGUGAGAGAGAAGGUCCUGCAUUUAAACCCUACAAGAAAUAAUGCCCUCAGGAGACGCUCAAUGCCUCACUCUACGCAUCUAUAUUGAUAAAUACUAUGCCAGUGCACUGCAUUGCUGAAUAUCAAUGUGAGAAGUUCCAGUAUCUAAACCCUACAAGAAAUAAUGCCCUCAAGAGACUCUCAAUGCUUUUAUACUCUACCCAUCUAUUUUUAUAAUAUUGUGCACUGCAUAUUGAACUGUCAAUGACUCCCGACAUUAAUAUGCAGUAGUAGCUACCCAUGCAUUCCAUAACAGCACCAUUCGCUUUAAUAGAUUGUGUGCCAUUCAGUACAAUGAGUUUACAAUUGCACUACAUAUUCAAUUUAGGCUACUGGGUCAACUCUAGUCACCUUAUCAGAUUCUUCUUACCCCCAGUAUACAUGUACCAACAGAUUUUUUUUCGAAAUAUUGAUUUUAUUUUAUUUCUGUGUUUUGUGAUCUUUCUUGACUUUUCAUGCAGCCCUUCAUAACCUAUCCAGAAAAAGGCGCCUUUUAAAUUCCAUUAUUAUUAUUAUUAUUAUUAUUAUUAUUAUUAUUAUUAUUGUUAUUAUUAUUAUUAUUUAUUAUUAACUGUAUAGAUAUGAAUAGUUGAAGAGUGUCCUUUUAAUGACAUAAGAAGUUAUGACUAAUAUUUUAAUGAAGAAAGUCCUGUUAGCUAUACUGAUUGAAUAUAUUAAUUUAUGAUUUGUGUAUUUUGUAUGUGUACUGUUUGUAUAUAAAAAGUGUGAAUAAAAAUUGUUUAUUGAAAAGUUAUUAGAGGGCGGGAAAAAAAUAAAACUAAAACUUUGUUU